AUUGUUGCCACGGUACUCGUGGAGUGGGCUUUAAAUUUUGUCAACCUUAUUUGUCGCCUGCAGACGCAAUACUGUAUUUUAUUUUCAUAUUAACCUGCUAGGUAAGUGGAUACAAAGAUGCCACCUAAAAAGCGAAGCUCUGGGACGACACAGAACAAGGAGCUGAAGAGUGCUGAAAGUGUCUCUGCAGACAAGAAGGAGAGUCCCGAGUUAUCCGUUAAAAAACACAGAGACAAGGAUGCUGAGUUUGUGACCCUGUGUAAGAGCCUGCGUGUGACAGACCUGGUGUGUGACCGUGCCUGGACGCUGUGGAAAACUGUUCAAGAGUCCAUGGAUGAAAUUUCCGACAGUCAGAAAAAGGUGUGGGGGGCUUGUCUGUUUGUGUCAGCAACAGACAUGGAUGUCUCCUGUUUCACCUUAACUCAGGUUCUGAAGGCAGUCAGUCUGAAUGUGAAGCAGUUUGUGGCUCUGGUGAGGAAGUUGGAUGUGAACUUGGAUACUAUAAGCACCAAGGUGAAUUCAGCUCUGACACGCCUGGAGAAAAAGUACGACGUAACGCUGGCUCUCUACCAGCGGUUUGAGAAAACAUGCAAGAAAAUCUUUGCUUUGGUUUCUGAUGACCAGGAGAGGGAGACCAUGCGGAGCUGCUGGACCAUGUUUCUUUUGGCCAAAGGAAGGGCCUUGCAGAUGGAAGAUGACCUGGUCAUAUCAUUCCAACUUCUGCUUUGCACGCUGGAGCUGUUCAUUAAGCGCUGCCCUCCUGACCUCCUGCAGCCUCUUUACAAAUCUGCUAUCAGCAAAGUUCAGAGCCCUCCGACACGAACAUCUCGCCGCAACCAGAGCAAAGCCAAAACCCGACCUCCGGAGCCAGAGGUGGAUUUGCAGCUUCUCAAAACUCUGUGCAAAGAGAAUGAAUGCAAUGCAGAAGAGGUGAAGAAUGUAUACCAGACCAGUUUCACGGCUUUCCUGGACUCACUGGAUCUUUCGAGAUCACCCGAUUUUCCUCAGGCGAAUGACAUCAACCAACAAUAUGAAGAGCACUACCUCAAGAGCAGAGACUUUGAUGGACGUCUGUUUUUUGACGGACACGAGACUGUUCUUGCGCCUAAAGUCGAAAUAUCGCAGGUAGAGAGAACGCCAAAGAAGAACCUGCCAGAUGAAGAUACCGUAAUCAUCCCUCCCCAGACUCCAGUCAGAGCUGCCAUGACCUCCAUUCAGCAGCUGAGGGGCGAUCUCACCUCCAGUGGGGAUCAGCCGUCUACUAACCUGGCUACAUAUUUUAAAAAUUGCACAGUGGACCCGACGCAGGACGUGCUGAAGCGUUUGGAGACACUGGGACAGACAUUCAGCCAAAGGUUCGGGCAGGCAGUCGGCCCACGCUGUGUCGUGCUCGGGUGGCAGAGAUUUAAACUUGGUGUCCGACUGUAUUACAAAGUCAUGGAGGCCAUGCUGAAAUCGGAAGAGAAGCGGCUGUCUGUACAAAAUUUCAGUAAACUCCUCAAUGACGUCACAUUUCACACAUCCUUGCUUGCCUGCUCUUUGGAGGUGGUGAUGGCAACGUAUGGAGAGAGCAGUUUCAAGACUGGAGGAUACAACCAUGGAGGUGGGGGUGACCCAGUUGAAACAGACGUGUGCUUCCCCUGGAUACUGGAUGUGGUCAGCCUCACCGCCUUUGACUUCUACAAAGUCAUCGAGAGCUUCAUCAAGGCCGAGCCCACUCUGAGCAAAGAUAUCGUCAAACACCUGGAGACCUGCGAGAACCUCAUCAUGGAGAGGAUUGCAUGGAGGACGGGCUCCCCGCUGUUUGAGCUGCUGAAACAGGAGCAUGAGGGCGGAGCAGCAGAGCAGGUCGAGACUCCAGCCAGCUUCAGCCAACCGCUGCAGCACAACCACACCGCAGCUGACCUGUACCUGUCCCCAAUGCGUCCUGGCCUUCGUGUCUUGCCUCCUGAGUCCCCGGCCACACCCAGCUCUCAAGCUUCCUCUCAGCCUCCCACCCAGCCUGCCGGCCCGACUCCACGACUCCCAAAGUCCAACUCUCUCAGCCUCUUCUAUAAAAAAUUGUACCGCCUGGCCUACACAAGGCUGAAGAUCCUCUGCUCCUACCUGCUGUCUUCCCACCCUGAGCUGGAGCCCAUCAUUUGGACCCUGUUCCAGCACACUCUGCAGCACGAGCACGAGCUGAUGAGAGACCGGCACCUCGACCAGUUGAUGAUGUCAGCCAUGUAUGCCAUAUGUAAAGUGAAGAGUGUCGAUCUGCGCUUCAAGACCAUCGUCACAGCAUACAAGAACAUGCCCAACACCAGCCAGGAGACGUUUAAGCAUGUGUUGAUCACUGAGGGCCACUAUGACUCCAUCAUUGUUUUCUACAACCAAGUGUUCAUGCAGAAGCUUAAAACCAACAUCCUGCAGUAUGCAUCUACCAGGCCACCUACCCUCUCUCCAAUCCCACAAAUCCCACGCAGCCCCUACAAGUUCCCCAAUUCACCUCUGCGUGUGCCUGGGAGCAACAAUGUGUACAUCUCCCCUAUGAAAAGCCCACGCAUGUCUCCAGGGAUCAUGACUCCUCGCUCCAGAAUGCUGGUGUCAAUCGGUGAAUCUUUUGGGCUGUCCAAUAGGUUCCAGAAGAUCAAUCAGAUGGUCAACAGCAACAAUCACUCCUUUAAGAGGACUCUGGAUCUCGGCUCCACUCCAAAGCCUCUGAAGAGGUUACGCUUCGAUGUGGACGGGCAAGACGAGGCUGAUGGCAGCAAAUCUGGAGGAGAUUCUACACUCAUACAGAAGCUUGCAGAGAUGAGCUCCACUCGGAGUCGCAUGCAGGAGCAGAAGAUGAAGGAGGACGCAGAAUCAAGGAAGGAGUAACUCUACAACCUACUGACUGACCUGCACUGUUUAUCACAAAGUGAACACUACUUGUUUGUUCACAAACAAAGCGAGACACUAGUGUCUCUGUACAUUUAGUAUUGGAUUUUAGUUUGUAUUUAACUUUGUCUUUGAGGAGUAAUAUGUGAAUAUAGAGGACUUUCUCCUCUUUUUUUUGUUGAUGCUUUCACUGAGUGUUUUAACAAAAUAAUGAUCAACAUUGAAUUUCAUUUGAAUUUGGACUUGUUGGAGAUUUAGUGUGUUUGUUUUUAAGAGUGGUAUUAAUUUGUGGGUGUUAAAGAAAUCAUUGUUUUCACUCGAGCAUUUUCUGGUUUUCUGGUAAAUAAUUGGUUGCGUCUUACCACCAUCAGGACCUUCAAAUGUUGUCCUUUUCUCUUUUUGACAGUCUUUUCAGAUUUUGACAUUUCAUAUGUUUCAAUCAUGAUGCAACAUUUCAGGUGUUAAAUCAUGAUCAAUCUCCUCAAAAAGGAUUAGUUGUCAUCUUGAGAGGGAAAUCCAUAUGUCUUUACAUGCAACUGUUUUACUUUUAAAGUGAUGUUUGACUUGUAAACUUGUCUGGAACGGCUUGGAAAAGAAACAAAAUUAAACAGUAAGGAAAAUUAUAUAGUAUAUAAUUUGCACUCAAACGAAAUUCAUGAAGUUUCAUAAGAUUUGGUCGACAGGUUUUUCUCUUUGUGUAUAGUUUUAGAGCAACUUUUGUUUUAUAUUUGGUUGGUAAAAAUAUACAUCCUACAAUGAAUGCAAACACCUUCUUAUUUGUUUCAACUGGAGGAUUUUUUUUCAUGUUACAUUUUAUACAUAAAUUGGUUAAUCUUAAUUUGUGGAAUAGGGAGAUUUCUGAGAAAUCUUGUGGGUAAAAUUGUUAGCAUGAAUACACACCACAUAGAGCAUUAAUAUGUGGACUUCACUCCAGAAAAGUAUACCAAGGUAAAAUAUUGCUAGAAAUGUCAAUUACCAGAGUUUUUAAAUUAAAAUGUGUUUAUAUUGUA